AUGACCCGAACACCGUCUGUGGUCAGCCACAAUCCAGUGGUGCUUCGUGCUGGCCCACUCAAAAUCACUUUGUCCCAGUUGAAAUACUUCACUUUUACCAUGAUCGGCAUCGCUCUCUUAUGGCCUUGGAAUUGUUUUCUUUCUGCCUCAGCUUACUAUGGUGAUCGGUUUGUCCAUACGAAGCCGCUUGUCAAGGUCUAUUCCUCGACCAUGAUGUCUGUCUCGACUGUGGUUUCCACGUGUUACAACUAUUAUCUUUCGCAAGUGCAACAAGGCGUUAACUACACCUUCCGUAUCAACAUCGGCUUGGGUUUGACCAUAGGUGUUUUUGUAUUGAUGGCAUUCUCGUGUGUGAUGGAUCUCUUCAUACGCAUGAACGACUAUGCUUUCUUUGUUGGUCUAAUGGUGAUGGUUUUGAUUAGUGCCAUGGCCACAUGCUUGGCCCAAAAUGGAACCAUGGCCACGGUCAAUGUUUUGGGGCAGAUAUACACAAAUGCUGUCAUGGUCGGUCAAGCUAUUGCUGGUACACUUCCUGCUAUUGCUUUGAUUGUCUCCAUUUUACUUGUGGGUGAAAAGGGAGCUUCUAUCACCGCUCUUGAAGGAGACGACGACUACUACGUACAGAAGAACUUUGGCGUUUUCAUGUACUACAUUACUGCCAGUGUGAUUUCGGCUGCGUCUAUUGGUUUAUUAGCGCUUACAAACUACUACAGAAAUGACUACUACUACCGCUCUUUAACGGAAAUUAUUCUGGAUGAAGAAGGUAUUGAAGGACUUGAACCCCAAACAACAAUUCAGGAAAACUACGUGCCAUUUGCUGUCUUGUGGAGCAAACUUAAGUUCAUCGUGCUGACGAUUUUCUUGACAUUCAGUGUGACUUUGGUGUUUCCCGUAUUUGCAUCUGUCGUGGAGUCGGUUCACGUCGACUCCACGCAUGUGUUUUUCCGUAAAAGUAUCUUCAUUCCAUUCAUUUACCUUGUAUGGAACUUGGGCGAUUUAGUUGGGCGGAUCGCAUGUGGUGCCAAAAAUUCUAUUUUCUUAGUGAAAAACUCGCAUACUUUGCUCUGGUACUCUGUGGGACGUCUACUUUUCAUUCCCUUGUUCAUGACAUGCAACAUCCAUCCAGGCUCUGUGACUCCACUAAUUUCUUCGGAUGUGUGGUAUAUCUUGCUCCAGUUCUUGUUCGGUUUCUCCAAUGGCCAAUUGUGUACUUCUUGUUUCAUGGUUGUGGGAUCGCAUUGCGACAAUGACGACGAGAAAGAGGCUGCGGGCGGCUUUACUGCAGUAUUUUUGAGUGUGGGCUUGGCUGUGGGAAGUUUGUUGAGUUAUCUUUUGGUGUUUGUAGUUGGCUGA